AUGAAGGCAAAGACCAUCGCCGCACUGCCCAUCUUUGUCGCGAACUCCAGCCGCAUGCUCGUGCUCGGAGACGACACCUACUUCGAACGGCUUUGGUGCAACCUGGAGCUGGCAAUUUUUGCAAAGAGCUCCCGCGAUCCGAGGGCAGUGCAGUACAUGCCUUUGUGGCUAACUCCGUGGAUCUUGUCCACCAUCUUCAUGGACGUGGUGUGCAUCACCAUCGCUCCGCCGUUGGAAACCUUUGCGCUGGAUCAUCUCACCAGCCGUAUUCGAGAUUCCUUCGGACAGUACUCCACCCUGACCUUCUUUCUUGUGGUCAUGCUGACCUGGAUCUUCCCGGGGAUGUGCUAUCUGCCAGCAUCCCUUCCGAGUUUCUCCCAUCACGUGAGGAAGAUUCAACAGCACGAGCAGCUGCUGAAGAACAUGGCCGGUUUUGACAUCCGGAAUGCCAAGUGUACGCUGGAGUCAGACCGGGAAAUCAUCGAGAAUGAGGUCUUAGAACUCUUCGACGUGGAGGUCUCCAAUGCGUGGGACCCCAAAUCGCCCAUCUCGCCGACAUCGCCCGUCGACAAUCGUGCCCCAUGGGCUACCCGCGACAACAGCACGUCGCUCACGCGCAGGGAGCGGAGAAAGCGGUUCAUGAACUUCAACCUCUAUGUGCGCGGCCCUUUGCGCGAGUCUGUCCUCCAAACUAUCGGCCAGGAGGUUGAUAUGCCUUGGAGCCUUUGCAUGUUGUGCUUCAUGCCGCUGAUCUUCUACUCGGCGGUGAGCGUUCUUGGCUGUGAUGGUAACUCAUGCGACGUCACAGCCGAGCAGGUAGGAUACGAUACGGCUCUACAGUAUGUGGUCGCCAAUGCGCUGGCCUGGGCGUUGGGGUUCUGGAUCAUCAUCCCUACCACGCACCCGCUGUUGCUGCGAAUGGUCAAGAUCGUCCUCAGCUUCUCCGCGAGCUAUCCGACCCAACUCUGCCUCACAGUCGUCAGCAGCUUCUGCGCCUACGUUUGGGUCUUCACCUGUCAGGGGGUUAUGACAGCAACAUUGAGCAUGGCCAUCGUGAGAUUCUCACCGUACUUUCUGGCAGCCUUGGUUGUUCAGCUUGGUCUGCUCUUGCUGCAGCUGUGGUACUUCUUCCUGCGAUCCAGGGUGCGGCAACCGACUCUGGAGGAGGACUGCUACGCUGAGUUCAGCGCCUGA